UCUGCGCCUCCUACUCCUGCUGCUCCUGGCCGUGGCCCUGCCUGCCAGGGCUGCCCAGGCUGCUCCGCUGCAAGCGCGGCGAGCAGCCUGGAAUCAUGACAUGGGUUUUCAGGAAGUCCUCAUGAAGCAUGGUUUGAAGUUCCUGGAGGAUGCUCGAGCUGAACCUGCCGGUGAAGGCCCCACAUCCAGGACUGAGGCUCUGGGAGAUGCUGAGGGUGUGUCUGCAGGGAGGAGAUUCAUACAUCCUUUGGUGGUUAUUGCUGACAAGACCAGCUCCCAUCACAGUGGGAAGAUCCAAAACACAAGAGACAAGAUAUCCCUGGAACCAUCCAAACAGACGAGGCAAGUGCUGAAGAAAAUGCUGCAGGGAGGACAAGAAAUCAAAGGAAAGUCUCUGCAGAAGGAAGCAUUUGCCGGAGGAAGCAGUGGUUCCGUGCCAGCCUCUGCUGCAGGAAGGGAGGCGAUGCCAGGCACAGGCCCAGGAGAUGAGGUUGCUGGGAAGGCGUCUCCAUCAGCUUGGAUGAAUAAAGUUUUGAAGCCCUUGGAGCCUCCUGCAGAUGUGUCUACAGGGAGGACUUCUCCAGCUCCUACCUUGGAUGCUGCACUCAAGCCCAGCUCCCAUCACAGGGGUUCUCCGACAGGGAAGAUCCUAGACACAACAGAUAAGAUAUCCCUGGAACCAUCUAAACUGAUGAGGCAAGAGCUGAAGAAACUCCUGCAGACAAGAGAAGAGAUGGACAUAGUGCUUCAGUGGAAGGUGGCAUUUCUUGAAGGAAGCACUCCAUCUUCGGUGCCAGCCCCUGCUGCAGGAAGGAAGGCAAUGACAGACACGGGCACAGGCACAGCAGACUGGGAUGCUGGGAAGGAUUCUCCAUUAGCCUGGCGCUCUGAAGUUGUGAAGCCCUCCGAGCAUUCUGCAGGCGUGUCUGCAGGGACGCCUUCACCAACUCCUACCUUGGAUGCUGCACAAAAGUCCAACUCCCAUGGCAGGAGUCCUCCAACAGGAGAGAUCAAAGACAUGGCAGGCAAGAAAUUCCAGGACCCAUUAGAAGUCAUGUGGCAAAUGCUGAAGGAAUGUCUGCAGAGAAGGCAAGAAAUCAAAGGAGAGCCUGUGCAGAAGGAAGCAUUUCCCGGAGGAAGCAGUGGUUCCGUGCCAGCCUCUGCUGCAGGAAGGGAGGCGAUGCCAGGCACAGGCCCAGGAGCUGAACCUGCCGGUGAAGGCCCCACAUCCAGGACUGAGGCUCUGGGAGAUGCUGAGGAUGUGUCUGCCGGGAGGACUUCUCCAGGUCCAGGGCUGGAUGCUUGGCCCCAACCCAGCUCCCAUGGCAGAGUUCCUCCAAAAGGAAAGACCCAAGUUUUUGCAGCCAAAAAGACUCAUGACUCAGAUGAAUUCCUGAGAGAAACACAGAAGGAAGCACCCGGAGGACAAGUGACGGACCAAAAGGCUGUUCAGGAGGAGGAACACUCAGGAAGAAGCAGUGGCUCAUUGGCAGCCCUAGCUGCAGGAAGGAAGGCAAUGACAGACACGGGCACAGGCACAGCAGAUGCAGCCGGCACCACAAGACCUGUUCCCAAUGCCCAGGAUGGCCUCGGAAGGGGUUUCUGUCAGGGAACGAGCUGCUGGCUAGGGUUACUGCCAGGCGUCCUUUGUUUGGAGCUUGUCUUCAUGUUGUGCUGCUUUGGAAUCGGGUAUUCCUGGAACAGAAAACAGAGCACCUCGGGACACGAGUUGGAAGACGGUGGCUGCACCUCACAGCCAGACAGCGUGAGCAGCUCCUCCAGCAGCAGUAACGGCCUGGACAGCCCUCUCAAGUCUUCUGUGAAGAGGACCCCAGAACAACAGUCUACGAGGGAACCUCCUUUAACCCUGUAGAUCCCACUGCCAUCUGCUCUCCCCAUGGGCCUCCCCAAGCUGCCUUCAUCCCUUUUUUUAUCUUUGUCUGUCCCUUCCCAGCCAACUCGAGUACCUCUAGGGACCCCAGGACCAGCCCAGCACCCUCCAGCCCUUCCUGAGACCAACACAUCCCUUCCUCUGCCCCUGAGCCCCCUGGCCUUGCCCUCUUGGAAUCACGGAAGGUGACACCCCA